UCCAAAUACAGUGUUCAAUACCAUGCACGGCAUCCGUAAGUCGGACAUCGCGAAGACACCGGAAGAGGAAAUCAAGAUUGCGGAGCAUGUCCGUAAGUACAAGGAAGUAUCUGCGCAGGUGAUGGUACUCAAGAAGGCACAGCAGUUUGAUGACCACGGACUCAAGCUGUCGGCGUUAGUAGUCGUACUGAAUCCCGAGUUCUGGAUCGUGUGGGCGUUCCGCCGUGACACCAUUCGCCAUCUCUUGAGGACUGAUGAUAGUCGCAAGAAGGAGCUUGCAGAAGCUGAGUGCAAAUUGACUAUGGAAGCGCUGAUGAAAAAUCCCAAGAGCUACUCUGCGUGGUUCCAGCGACAGUGGAUCGUGGACAACGGUAUGGCGGUUGUCGAGAAGGAGGUGCGUCUGUGCGAUGCGCUGUUGAACAAGGACGAGCGAAACUUCCAUUGCUGGAACUACCGACGGUAUCUGUCCAAGCUCAAGGCAUCCGGUGAAGAACACGCCAACGACGACCUGCUUGAGUUUUCCACGCGAAAGGUGGCGCAGAACUUCUCCAACUACUCGGCGUUGCAUCAACGUACGCUGUCUCUACCGACGCCGCUUCCUCUGGAUGUUCUCCUUGAGGAAGUUGAGAUGGUCAAGCAAGCCGUGUUCACCGAGCCCUAUGACCAAAGCAACUGGUUUUACUACCGUUGGCUCAUCAAAUCUAUCCCGAAUGACGCGGCCGUGUGGCAGAAUGAAAUCGAGUGGAUUGAACAACUGAUUCAGGAAGAGCCGAAGGCCAAGUUUGCAUGGGUAACACUUGCGCUGGUGUUGGAGACCAGCAGUAAGUGCGGCGGCUUUGAACGUGUCCACACUGCUCGAUGCCGUGACAUUUACACGGCGCUGAUCGACAUGGACUCUGACCACAAAAACUAUUACAUGGACCGGCUGCGUUUACUGCAGUAAACGAACUUGUAACAUUGGAAUUUGGUGGUUUACGUGACGUCUACGACGAUUUACUAUACAGAGCUUCGAUUUCCGCGACGAUGGCAUCUCCCAUGCCCUUGGUCCCGACUGUUUUUUCGGACCGAUUGGG